CAUCCCUGGACUUGUCGUCUCAUCAGGGAUUGCAAUCUCUGUUUUGGCUGCUUGGUAGUUCUUGAGGCGAUUUGUUGCCUUGUUUGGGGCAAUAAAAUCCAGCUUGUUCUUCUUCUUUAUCGUUCGGUGCUGCUGCUUUCAGUUCCCACUCUUGGCAUUAUUCUGCCCACGGGAGGGAGGGCCCCUCCUGGCAAAGAUUGGAUUAUGGGUUGAUUAGUACUCCAUAUAUUUAUGCAGCUCAUCAGGGAGUCUCUUGUUUUGGUGCAUGCAAAUGUGGGCAGAAAGCGGAAGGGACCAAGCAGUAGGCAGCCCCCUCUAUAUAUUUAUGCGAUUGGGGCCAGCUUUUGGUCAUUGGGAAAGGCUUGCUUGUCCUCCCAUCUCUUCUUCUCUCCCUCUCUCUCUCUCUCUCCUUGUGUGUGUGUUUUUUCCUGGGAGAAGAAAGAGGGACAGAGAGAGGAAUAAAAAGGUGGGCAAGGACAUGGAGAUGGCCAUGAUUUCACCUCAGGCCCUUCCUCUCUCCCCAAACACUUCCCGAUAGAUUCCAUCCCCUCUCUAUCAUCCUGGGUUUCCUCCCACCUUUUUCUCAUCUUAAUUGCAAAGGUUUCUGCGGGAUAACAUUUGUUUUGCCAUUCUAGAUGAUAGAGCCAGCCGGCCGGCUCCCCUGAUGCUUGGAUUUUAUUUUCUAGGAGGAAAUUCAGAGGGGACACUCUAGCUAGCUCUGGUGAAGAAGAAUCAACAAGAGUGAGUUUGGAGAGGGAGAAAGGGAUGGAAGGCGAGAGCUUCUCGGGGAUGGGCAAUGGAGGCGGCGGCGGCGGCGGCGGCGGAGGGGGGCACCACCAGGUGGUGGACGGGAAGCUGAUCCAGACGUUCCACAAGAGCUUCGUACAGGUGCAGAGCAUCCUGGACCAGAACCGGAUGCUCAUCUCCGAGAUCAACCAGAACCACGAGUCCCGGGCGCCGGACAGCCUCACCCGCAACGUCGGCCUCAUCCGGGAGCUCAACAACAACAUCCGCCGCGUCGUCGGCCUCUACGCCGACCUCUCUGCCUCCUUCGCGCACCGUGGCGCCGCCAUGGACGGCGGCUCCUCGGAGGGCGACUCCUCGGGCACGCUGCGCUCCUCCGAUGCCGCCGGCCGCGCCGCCGCCGCCGGACAGAAGCGCGUCCGGCCCGGCUAGCUUGGCCCGACCGGAUGGUACUUGGCAUCGCCAUGGAUGCUGUGUAGCAGCUAGCGAGGAAGGAUGUGAGUUACUGAUGAGAUGUUUGCUACUCCUACUUACUACUAGUACUAGGCUAGUUCUUCCUUGCUUAACUUCUUGCCGUGCUUCUUCUUCUUCUUUGCCGCAAAGUGCUUCUUCAACCCUGAUGGUGAGAAAAAAAAAUAACUUUUCUGUACAAGUCCAUGUGACGAUGAGCAAAAAACACCAGUUCUUGAUAAUCUGCAGCCUUACUACAUGUAGAAUCUAGUCACCUGGCUGAUCUCAGGUAUGCCAGCCAGGUAUACAGUUAAUCUGAGAGAUCUGGGAGUUCUUGAGUA